GCCGGUCGCCAUGUUGGGCUCCGGGUCUGUCCGGUCUUCUGGUCCGGGUUAGCGGAUAAACAACCACAACAGGGCAUAAACCGGACAACAGGGACUCCAGAACGGCUGUCUGAUCAACUGAGACUGCAGCAGGUAGUGAGGAGAUGGACCUGGACACGUUCUACACGGCUGUGCAGAAAGGUGACGUGCAGACUGUGAGAAGGGGGCUGGACGCUGGGGUGGACCUCAGGGCCAAGAGAUGGUGGGACAGUUCUUCCCAGACAUCCCUGCAUGUGGCCAGCAGGCACGGGCGGACUGAAGUGGCGACAUUGCUGAUCGAACACGGUGCCGACCUGGAGGCGAGGGGCUGGUACCAUAACACACCUUUGCAUGAGGCUGCUCUCCGGGGCCACACCGGGACUUGUGAGCUUCUGAUCCGUCAUGGGGCAGACGUGACGGCCAGGGAUUCGGACCAGGAAACACCCUUGCAUAAGGCUGCUUGGUGGGACCACACCGGGACUUGUGAGCUUCUGAUUCGGCAUGGGGCAGACGUGAUGGCCAGGGAUAAGUCUGACCAGACAUCCCUGCAUGUGGCCAGCCAGUACGGGCAGACAGAAGUGGCGGCAUUGCUGAUCGAACACGGUGCCGACCUGGAGGCGCGGGACUUCUACCGGUUCACACCUUUGCAUGUGGCUGCUGCUGAGGGCCGCACCGGGACUUGUGAGCUUCUGAUUCGUCAUGGGGCAGACGUGAUGGCCAGGACUAAGGAACAGUCCACACCUCUGCAUCUGGCUGCUCUCCGGGGCCGCACCGGGAUUUGUGAGCUUCUGAUUCAUCAUGGGGCAGACGUGAUGGCCAAGACUGCGCGAAAGCAGACAUCCCUGCAUGUGGCCAGCGAGCACGGGCAGACUGAAGUGGCCGCAUUGCUGAUCGAACACGGCGCAGACUUGGAGGCGCGGGACAAGAUCCAGCGCACACCUUUGCAAUGGGCUGCUGCUGGGGGCCACACCGGGACUUGUGAGCUUCUGAUCCGUCAUGGGGCAGACGUGACGGCCAGGAAUAAGUACCAGUUCACACCUUUGCAUCGGGCUGCUACUGGGGGCCACACCGGGACUUGUGAGCUUCUGAUUCGUCAUGGGGCAGACGUGACGGCCAGGAAUAAGUUCCAGGACACACCUUUGCAUGGGGCUGCUGAGGGGGGGCACACCGGGACUUGUGAGCUUCUGAUUCGUCAUGGGGCAGACGUGACGGCCAGGGAUAAGGACCAGAACACACCUUUGCAUCUGGCUGCUGUCUGGGGCCACACCAGGACUUGUGAGAUUCUGAUUCGUCAUGGGGCAGACGUGACGGCCAGGAAUAAGCCUAACCGGACAUCCCUGCAUGUGGCCAGCUGGCACGGGCAGACUGAAGUGGCGGCAUUGCUGAUCGAACACGGUGCCGACCUGGAGGCGAGGGACCGGCUUGACCAGACAUCCCUGCAUGUGGCCAGCAGGUUCGGGCAGACUGAAGUGGCGGCGUUGCUGAUCGAACACGGCGCCGACCUGGAGGCGAGGGACUGGGAUGACCAGACAUCCCUGCAUGUGGCCAGCCUGCACGAGCAGACUGAAGUGGCGGCAUUGCUGAUCGAACACGGUGCCGACCUGGAGGCGUGGAACAGGUACCAGCGCACACCUUUGCAUUGGGCUGCUUACCAGGGCCACACCGGGACUUGUGAGCUUCUGAUUCGUCAUGGGGCAGACGUGACGGCCAGGGAUAAGGACCAGUACACACCCUUGCAUCUGGCUGCUGACGGCCGCACCGGGACUUGUGAGCUUCUGAUCCGUCAUGGGGCAGACGUGAUGGCCAGGGAUGAGGCCCAGAACACACCUUUGCAUCGGGCUGCUGCUGAGGGCCGCACCGGGACUUGUGAGCUUCUGAUCCGUCAUGGGGCAGACGUGACGGCCAGGGAUGAGAAGCAGCAAACACCCUUGCAUCUGGCUGCUGAGGGGGGCCACACCGGGACUUGUGAGCUUCUGAUUCGUCAUGGGGCAGACGUGACGGCCAGGGAUACGGCCCAGAACACACCCUUGCAUCAGGCUGCUGUGGAGGGCCACCCCGGGACUUGUGAGCUUCUGAUUCGGCAUGGGGCAGACGUGACGGCCAGGGAUUCGGACCAGGAAACACCCUUGCAUCUGGCUGCUGCCCGGGGCCACACCGGGACUUGUGAGCUUCUGAUCCGUCAUGGGGCAGACGUGACGGCCAGGGAUGAGGACGGACGGACACCUUCUGAUGUGGCGCACGGCAAGGAGACUCUGCGUGUCCUAAAGAAUCGGGAAAAGGAAGUGAUCAAAGAGAAGUUGUACAGCGAGUUGCUGCAGAAGUCUGGCGGAGUGAAGACCGACAGGUGUAAGGUGUCCUUGUUCGGGAUGGGGAAAGCGGGAAAGUCCACACUUGCAGAAAGUCUUCAAAGGGGCUGGGUGUCUGCACAUCUCCAAGGUUGGACUUACACGUCGUCAGCCGAGGAGCUUCACGACCCCACCCCAGGGGUGGAUGUUGGGACGUUCCAUAUUCCAGGGGUGGGGGAGGUCAGCCUGUGGGAUUUUGCUGGGCAGUCGGAGUACGCGGUAACCCACAGCAUGUUCAUGGAUGCAGAGAACACCAUCUCCAUUGUGCUGUACAACAUCAUGGACGACACCAAAGAACAAGACGUCCACCGGUGGCUGAGUUUCAUCAAAUCCUGCAACCCAAACCGGCAGCGUGACGUCAUCUUAGUGGCCAGCCAUGCCGACAAAGUGUCACCCACAAGUGGACAGCGCCAAGCUGCUCAUCUCCUGCAGUUGAUGAAAGCGGAGUUCAAAGAUCUCCUCCGUAUCUCAGACGAAGUCUUCGUGAUGAACUGUAAGAAGACGCGAACACCUGAGAUGGACCGACUCAAGGAGCUGCUGGCUAAGAUGAAGAAGGCCAUGUUAGAGCACCAACGCCAGAUGCCCAGACUGUGUUCAAAAAUCACCCAACGGCUGCCCAGCUGGUGCCAGACGAAGUGCAGCCCGAAGUGCCCUGUACUGAGGUGGCCAGACUACGUGGACGCAGUCAAAGAGAUCGACCCACAUGUGGAUGAGGACUUCCUGCGGAAGUCUACACGAUUUCUGAACCAUCUGGGGGAGGUCAUCUUCACCUGUUCGACUGCUUCUGAUCCCAUCAUUGUCCUGAAGCCCAACUGGCUCUGCACAGACAUCUUCGGUCCAAUGAUGGCUCCAGUCAACUUCCCCAUCCUCCGCCCAGAGAGAACAAGCGAAGACUACGUCACCAGGGAGGAGAUCCAGCGCGUCUUCCAAGACGUUGCUGACGUGGAUCUCCUCGUCACCCUGCUGCAAGAGUUCCAGCUCUGCCACUCCUAUGACGGACAGACCUUCAUCUUCCCAGGGCUGAUGAAACAAACCAUACAUGCCGAGGUUUGGAAACCAACAUCUGAGCCAACAAAGGCGGUCUACUUUGGGAAGCAAGUCCAGUGUGCCGACUCCACUGACAUGUUCUCCUCCGGGUUCUUCCCCCGAGUGCAGUCCCGCCUGAUGAGGGAGCAGGAGAAUCGCCCGCUGCUGUGGAGAGAUGGCGCCAAGUGUGUGGACAGGAAUGUGGAAGGUCUGAUCAAACUCUCUCCGGACGGCCGUGCAGUCAACAUCUGUGUCCGGAGUGCGCAGGGUGACAAGGUGCAGUGCGGCAAGAUGCUGCAGCAGCUGGAGAACAUCAUCGCUGAUGUGCUGGAUGAGUGCAGCCCAGGAACAGGCACAGAAGAGAAGGUGCUCAGCGCUCGCGCACUGAAGGAACACAGGGAGGAAUUCUACUCCUACGGCAAGGAGGAGAUCAGCAAGGCAGCAGCAGAGGGCGGUACAAUCGUCCAUCCCUCCCUCGGGUUCACGGAACAGGUCAGUGACCUGCAGUGCAGAAAGGACGAGGAUAAGUCAUUGCGUUACCCCAAGGAUAGGUCCAGAGGAGACCCUGAACAACGGAGAAACAGCAAAGAAAGAGCAGCUAUCGACAAUGGUGAACAACUGCCAGAAGGCUUUACAGAUGUAGAGCCGACAAGAGAGAGCGGAAGCGAAGAGGAAGACAGUCGUCUAAUGCCACAGACACCUCAGCCAAAAAUCAAGACUCCACAAGAAAGCAGUACCGAUGUUCCUAUGAUUCGUCAAGGUCCCAGAGAACCCGUAAUCUUGUUGAUCAGCGACGAGUAUGGAACUUCCAAGGGGGGAGUUUCUACCGUCAACUGCGAGGCUGGCCAAACCCUGGAGGGCAAGGCAGUCGUGUACGCCACAGUCCUACAGCUUAAUGUACCCAAAGAAGACCAGAAGGCAGCAGACAGAGACGGCGUCAUCCUGAUACAGCCAGACCCAUCAGGCCUGACGACUGCGCCAACUCUAGACUGGCUGACCCACUACCACUUGCACCACUUCCCAAACCUCCCUCAGGACGUCACCUGCAUCAUCGGCCACGCCGACAUCACAGAUACGGCGGCACGAGACAUCAAGGAUAAACGCUAUCCAGAGGCAGACCUCAUGAUGUUCACCCACGUCAUACCCGAAGAUACAGAGUACUACAAGGGAGGGCGGGUGGCCAUGAAAGCACGGGAGAAAGAGAAGGAUAUGCUUGAUAAAGUCGACAAGGCAAAGGCAGCUUUCUCUGUGGGUAGACGGAUCUUUGACCACUUUGACAACAAGUACAGGGGAGGGAAGGAACCUCAGAGUCACCACAUCUUCCUCCCGAAGCCAUCUGAGCUGUUCCUGUCAGCCAAAGUGAGACCCGGGGGACGACAGAAGGUCGUCCUGUCCAUCGGCAGGGUGAGGAAGGUGGAGAAGCUGAAAGGUCAUGACCUCGUGGGAGAGUCCAUGAGGGAUGUGGUGAAAAUAAUCAAGAACUCCCGGUGGUGUGUCCGCGGCAUCAACGAGGACGACUUUGAGACAAGCCAGAAGAUCCUGGAAGACGCCCUGAACAGUCCCGACCUGAACCCAACCCUGUUACCGUACGGGACCCAGGAGGACAUCAGGGACGACAUGAUGACGGCCCACCUGGUCCUGAUGCCAUCCCGCUCCGAGCCAUUUGGGCUGGUCGGCCUGGAGGCCAUCGCCGCAGGCAUCCCCGUCCUCAUCUCCAACCAAACCGGCCUGGCAGACAUGAUCACCGACCUGAUUGAUGAGGGGAAACUCAGCGCAGAGCACAGGAACGUCAUCGUGGAGACCAGCGUGAACGACCGCCAUGUUGCCGCUGAUGUCGAGAGGUGGGCAAAGAGAAUCGUGGACGUCCUCCAGCACAGCGACUCUGAGUUCGAGAAAGCCGCCAGGUUCAAGCGGGAGCUCGUGGCGUCCAGAUACUGGGAGGAAUCCCACAAUGCCUUCCUGCAGGCCUGCGGCAUCCAGUCGGUCCUGGGGGAGGCUGACCCCCGUGCAGCAGACACGCCCCAGGAUGGCGCACGCGCACUGCUGGACACCGUGGGGAGGAAGGAAGGUGACGCACUUCCGGUGUUCCAGUCGGUCCUGAGGGAGGCUGACUCCCGUAGAGCGGACAUGCUGAUGGCCACACAGCGUCCCGAUGGGCCACAGGACAGGGCGGACCAGCUGACCAGGCACCGUCCUGAGCUGGUGCAGGCCCUGAGGCACGUGGAGCCGCUCCUGGACCUCCUGCAGGCCAUGGAGGUCCUCAGUACGGAGGAGUGUGACGUCAUCAGGGCCCUCACCACGCCCCAGGACCGCGCAUGCGCACUGCUGGACGCCGUGGGCACUAAGGGCGGAGACGCGCGUCAGGUGUUCAAGGUCGUCCUGGAGGAGGUGAACCCGGAGGCGGCGGGAAUGUUGCCAUGAAGUUCAACUUGUUUUAGAGCCCCUGUAUUUGUGAAAUCAGAAAGCUCAUAGGAAGCAAAUCAAAUCUUUAUGUGGUUUAAGAGAGCAAAAGGCAGACAUUCAAAACAGCAUCCAUCAACUAAAACUAGUUCAUAUCGUAGGACGGUUGCGUAUUUUUUAAAAGUUUUCUCGGCUUAAUUUAAUAAGUUUCAGAUGGCAGAUUAGUCUCCACUUCAGCCAGCCCUGAAUUGGAGUUGCGUUCUUUGAUAAUUUACAGUAUCACAUGAAUAGCGCUAGCAGUAACAUUAUAUGUGUGCUAAGAUUGAGGUACUGGCUACAGCAUAAAGAACAAGACACCAGUAGAAUAGAUUGAGAAAUGGUUUUCUUGACUUCAAUAUCCUGUACAAAGAAUAUCUCAGUAAAGUUUCCACGCAAUCUU